UUUUGCAAAUCCGCUUCGUCCAGCACAUGGCGUACUACAGCAGUAGGCGGCGCCGCCACACGGCAGCAGCGUGCUUCCUUCUCUCGGGUCAAGCCGAGGAUAAACCGCCAGCGACGCCAUGGCCGCGCCAGCGAUGCCGAGGCCGUCGCUGAUCCUGCCGCGUGCCUCCUCGCACGCCCACUCCCAACCCACCGCCGCCGGUCUCACCUCCGACCGCGUCGCCGCCUCCCACCGCCGCCGCGGCGACUUCGUCUUCGUCGUCAACCCCUCCGGCGCCAAUGGCCGCACGGGCAAGCAGUGGAAGCAGCUGCUCCCCCACCUCCGCACCCGCCUCGAGGACCAGUGCAACAUUUGCGAGUGCAUCACUUCGGGCCCGUCCCAUGCCAUAGAUGUCACAAGGGAGGCUAUAAAGAAUGGGGCUGAUGCCGUGGUCGCUGUUGGUGGCGAUGGUACGCUUCAUGAGGUGGUGAAUGGCUUCUUUUGGAAAGGAAGUCCAGUGCGUGCUCUAGAUCGAGGGCCUGACCAUUCAACAGCGCUUGGUCUCAUUCCACUUGGAACUGGAUCAGACUUUGCUCGGACAUUUGGCUGGACAAAUGAUCCUCGUGACGCGAUCGAUCGAAUCGUGAGAGGAGUAAAAUCAAAACUAGACAUAGGCAUGAUGGAGGGUCCAAACAGAGACCCACACUUCUUUGUUAAUGUUGCUGAUAUUCAUUUGAGUGCUAAGGCAGGCUAUUUUGCUUCUAUGUACAAGAGAUUUGGCAACUUAUGCUAUGUCUUUGGAGCUUUAAAAGCCUUUUGGGGACAUAGUAAUCGAGAUCUGAGAAUAAAGGUUAAUGGGGGAGAAUGGAGAACCGUCCACAAAGUCACCGCCCUAUGCAUAGGAAAUGCCAAGUACUUUGGCGGUGGUAUGAAGAUCACUCCAACAGCUGAUCCCUUUAGCGGCAACCUUGAGGUUGUUAUUCUUCAAGAUUUCAAAUGGUACGACUUUCUUCUGAAGCUACACAGGCUGUAUGGAGGCACACAUCUCUCAGUGAAUGGUGUGUCGUCAAUAAGAGUUGAGUCAAUCGAAGUAGUGGAGGUGACGCCUAAUGGUGAUAUCUUUGUGCAGUCUGAUGGAGAGCAUUUCGGCUUUCUGACAACCAAAUUUUCAGUUCUUCCUGGUGCAGUUAAUUUCUUCUGCUAGAUCACUAUGCUCCUUCCUGUUGGACUGACAGAAGAUGCAUGAUUCUUGGUCAACUCGCUCCGUGUACGCAGAGUAGCUCAUAAGGUUCAAAUUGGUUAUACUGUUUUGAAAUGAUAUGCCAAUCGAGUUGCUCCACUCAUCUUCUGGCAGUACAUGAGACAAGUUUUGCCGUUCUGUAGCACGCCAGCACGUAGUUAGUGUACUUAAUGCUGCACACCAUGCUCGAGUUACCGCUGUUCGUAGACUGGCCGUAAAAAAUUGAUGACGGCAGGUGCACGAGUGCAUUUAACUGUUGGAUUAUUCUAGCAGCAAUGUAAAUUUCACAGUGAGUUUGUGACCUCCUAUACCAUGUGGCAAUAAUACUGUUUGCCUGUUGCUCAACAACAGGAGGGACAUGGUUAGCUGUAGUUUAAGUAUCAAGUUAAUGCAUUCCCAACUUCCAAUAUUA